GAGUUGCAAAUCCAUGCCCUUACUGGGAAGACAUGGAGCGCUAUGGACACAGUCUACACGAAUCAAGUAGGAAUCUCAACUAAAGACAUACAUUUCUUCAGUUAGGAAACAAACGUUUUGAGAGACUGAGAGGAAAGAAAGGGUGGCCCGGUUGAGGAUGGAGUGUGCAUUUGACGCACAGAAUCUGAUCUCCAUUUCUUUGAGGAAAAUCCAAAGCUCCAGGACGCAGAGAGGAGGCAUCAAGCUCCACAAGAACUUACUGGUAACGUACGUUCUGAGAAACGCCAGGCAGUUUUAUAUGAGCAAAAACUUGUCGCAAACGCAGAGGACGCAUCAUUAUGAGGAUGUAGCUGCAGUCCGCGAAAGGCAAGAAUAUCUAGAAUUGACUGGGAGCUUAACGGAGUUGGCCGAUGACUUAUACUGCAACUUUACUGGGGUUGAGUCGGACACUUGGCACUGCGGAGCGCACCAGCCCAUCGGCCAGCCUGCAGAGGUGGCGCACCAAGACGCAUCUGCCUGCGCAAUGGUUUCACCAAGUGACUCUGACCUCAUGGUUUCGGAAGCCUGUUGGAGUUGUGCAGACAAAUCCUCCUGGGAGUUACCUAUCCCAAACGCACAAGCCAACCAAAAGACUGUCCUGGACUUGGACACGCAUGUGGUGACUACUGUCACGAAUGGAUACUUCCACUCAGACUGUUGCGCGCAGUCAAAACAGCCGCAGGGCGCGCAGUGCUACAGUAAAAAGCGAAAGAUGGACACAAGUUAUCAUAUUGUUGAUCCAGAGUUUUAUCUGCCAGACUUUGGGCCAGUGCCAUGUAAAAGGAUGAGGGCUGAUGAUGAUUCACAUUCAGAUUCGGACCAGUUGGACAGCACAAACAUCUCCAACCUGAUCUCAGUGUUGGGUUCAGGUGGACUAUCUGAGUUUGUGAGUUGGCAGCAGACGGACCUUGAGCAAAUAUUCGCCGCUCAAACAAUUUGUUUAAAACAUACACUGUUAACAGGCAGCGGUUGGACCAGAGCAAUCGAAGCAUUUUGAUUUGUAUGAUUGUUUUUCUUUGUAUCGUUUAUUUUAUUGCUUUUAAAUAAACCAUGACACGACUGCAA